CCCACACCUCCUCAACACAUCGUGAGUAUCAUGCUUCGUUGCAGACAUCAUCCUCUUUCGCAGACGAUACCCGGAAACACUCGGAUGCUUUCUGAAGCCGCGGCGCAGCCGGCCUGAGAGGGAUCGAGGACGAAUAGGGCCCUUUGAGGGAUGCAAAUGUGGCUGGAAGGCAACCAUUCCGGAGGGUCGAGAUCGCUUCCUCUGGACGGCGACCCUUUCAACGUUUCAUUCGUCAGAGUCUGUUCUGAAAGGGAUCUCGGGACCAUCGCAACGCUGCUCUUUACAGCAGCAGCGCCUGCGUCUAAGUUGUGGAGAGUAACGAUUGGGGAGGAGCGAAGUCACACCAAGAGGAAAGGGUUCCUCAGAUGAUGGAGGAGACACGGAUGGUCAGAGGGAGACUUGGCCACUAGAAGUAGUCUUGCACUCUCAGCCGAUCAAAUUUGGCUGACCGCUGCUCAUCCCGAUCAUCCCCACAGCGAAAAUGCCUCACUCCUUCGGUCUCAGGGCACGAACCCGUCACCUCUUCGCGAGGAAGUUCCGCCAGCAUGGUCCCAUCAGGCUGUCGACCUACCUCCGACCCUACCACGUUGGAGACAUUGUCGACAUCAAGGCCAACGCCGCUGAGCAGAAGGGUAUGCCUCACAAGUACUACCACGGCCGAACUGGUGUCGUCUACAACGUUGCUCCCCGAGCUGUUGGUGUCAUUGUCUACAAGACUGUCGGCAACCGCAAGAUGGAGAAGCGUGUCAACCUCCGAGUAGAGCACGUCAAGCACUCUAAGUGCCGUGACGAGUUCCUCGCCCGUGUCAAGGACAACGCUGCUAAGAAGAGGGAUGCCAAGGAGAAGGGCGAGAAGGUCCUCCUCAAGCGUCUGCCCGCUCAGCCUCGCGAGGCCCGCACCAUCUCGACAAAGAACAACCUGCCCGAGACCCUCGCUCCCAUCCCAUACGACACAUACAUCUAAUGGUUUGGCUUCGUCGUUGGGUGGUCGCCGUUGUGCGUCCCACCCUCGUGUAUUUUCCUACUCGCCUCUCUCAUACACACUGACUUUGCAUAUCCCUGAG